AUUUCCCAACCUCUUAAUUAUUUUCUUCAACUCUCUCUCUCUCGUAAAUCAGAUUCCUAUGGCCACCACUACCACCGCCACCACCAACAAUCGUUGACAUGCCACCGCCACAACAACCACCACCAAUCAGAAACAGCCACGUCAACCUCCCCGAUCUCCUCCUCACCGCCCUCUCCGUCUUCUACCUCUUCUCCUCCUCCUCCUCCAAAAUUAAACCCCCACUCCCCAAUUUCCCAUCCUACCCUCGCCGAUUCAUCAAAAUUCCCACAAUGUCCCUCCACCACCACAACCACCACCGCAGCUUCGCCACGCCGCAGUCGCUCUCCGACUGGCUCAAGCCGCGCCUCCGCUCCGACUCGCUCGCCUCCUGGGGCGUCAAACCAGGGACCAAGAACGUCCACAACCUCUGGCUCGAGCUCUCCGAAGGCGAAAGCUCCCUAGCCGACUCCACCCCGCCGGUUCGGACCGUCCACGUCGUCACGGUUCGGGUCAUCGACGAUCGGAACCGGGUCCUGGUCGAAUCGGAGCAAGAACUCUCCGACGGCAGCGUCAGGACACGUGGCAGGCCUCUAUCGGAGAAGAUGAAGCCCGGGGAGGAUCCGAUAACGGCGGCGAACCGGGCCGUGUUGGAGGAGCUCGGGUCGGUACUGAACGGGUCGGGUCAAGUGAAGAUUGUGCCCGGUUCGUAUAGCAAGAAGGUGGAGGAGAGAAGCUCGGCGAGUUAUCCGGGGCUGCCGGCGUGUUACGAGGUGCAUUCGGUGGAUGCGACGGUGGAGGGGUUGCCGGAGGAGGAUUUCGUGACGGAGGAGGAGCAUGAGUAUGCGGAUUCCGGCGAGAGGCGUGUUGCGAAUGAGGCUGUGUCUGUGAAGAAGCAUUUCUGGAAAUGGGUUAGUCCUGAUUCGAUAAACUCUUGAGCUCAAUUCAUAGAAAUGUGUUUUGUUUAUAUAGAGAUCUCAUUCGAAAUGUAAUGUAGUAGUAGAGUUGUUUCGAGUUUGAUUGAUACCGUUUUGAUAGUUAAGAGUUGUUUCUUGAUUCAAUUCGUAUAGAAUGUACCACGUACUUUUGCUUUUUGAUCAUAAUGAAUAGAGUUUUU